AUGGAAUCUAUGAAUUUAGUCAAAGGCUAUGGCAAAGUCAACGCUUCUGAAGAUCCAUCUUCCAUCCCCACUCGCAGAGCCGCCCACAAACGUCGCCUCACCAUCGCCCUCUCUCUCACUCUCUUCCUAACUUUACUCAUCUGCGCAUUAGGCGGCGCGUUCAUCCACGCGUCCACACCGUCAUCACCCGACCCCCUCAAAAUCGUGUGCGCAGUGACUCAGCAUCCCGGGUCAUGUUUUGACUCCAUUUCCUCCCUCAACACCAACCAGCCCAAACCCGACCCGGAAUACUUCCUCAACCUCUCUCUUCAAGCUAUCGUUAAGGAAUUAACGAACGUCACUCUGUUGCCAAAAGCUUUAAUCUCGAAAGUCAAUGACCCGGGAACCGUAUCCGCGUUGAAAGACUGUAUUAGCCUUUUCGAUGACGCGUUGAGUCAACUCAACGAGUCGGCUGAGUUAUUAAAUGUGGGUCCCGGUGAGAGUGCGUUGACUGUGAUGAAGGUGAAUAACAUGCAGACGUGGAUAAGUGCGGCGAUGACUGAUCAGGACACGUGUCUUGAGGGAUUGGAUGAGAUGGGAUCGCCGUUGGUUGGGGAAGUGAAAGCGAGGGUGCAGAAUGCUAAGGAGUAUAUGAGUAACACCUUAGCUAUUCUCAGUAAUAUGCCUAACCUUCUUCAAAAGUUUGGCGUCACUAUGCAUUGA